UGUGCAAAGAAUGAGGUGGAAAUAAAAUCUUGAAAUAGUCCAAAAAUGAGAGACAGAGAAACAGAAGAAGAUCCAUGAUAUUGAGAAUAAGAAUGCAUUGGUGCCCGGUGUCGCCACCAAAAUCUCCUUCUGGUUCUGUCGCGCGUCCCCACAGUUACCACUUUUUUUCUUCUUCCCAUCAAAAAAGAAAUAACCUUUUUACAUGGUCAUGGUCACAGACUCCAAACCCAUCAUUCCCCGCCGCGGCCUCGUCGUCGGCAACUACUGCCAUGACGUCCUCCACCGCGACGGCGAGGCCGUCGCCGAGACCCUCGGCGGCGCUGCCUCCUUCAUCUCCGUCAUCCUCGACGCCCUCACCCUCCCCUUCCACACCGUCUCCAGGGUGGGCCCCGACUUCGCCUACGCCGCCGCCACUUCCAACCAUCCCCCCUUGAUAAUCCCAACCUCCCAAACCAUGCUCUUCCACGCCCACUUCGGUUCGGUCUACCCGGACCGCCUCCUGAACCGCGUCCGAUCCUGCGACUCAAUCCUACCCUCCGACCUACCGGACCAGACUCGAUUCGGGUUCGGACUCGCGGUCGGGGUCGGCGGUGAGAUUCUCCCGGAGACACUGGAAAAAAUGCUAUCUAUCUGCGACCACGUGUUCGUCGACAUCCAGGCUCUGAUUCGCAGGUUCGACAACAUCAACGGUCGCGUGAGCCACGUAGCGCUGAGAGACAGCGGGUUCUUCCACCUCUUGCCGCGCGUCGCGUUUCUGAAGGCUUCCGCGGAUGAAGCCGUUUUUAUUGACGUGGAGGAGGUGAGGAAGUUGUGUUGCGUGGUCGUCACGCACGGGAAGGAUGGCUGCGAGGUUUUUUGUCCAAACGGUGCGUUUAAGGUGGCGCCGUUCGUGGCUGAUCAGGUUGAUCCCACCGGCGCCGGGGACUGCUUUCUCGGCGGGUUUGCGGCGGGGAUUGUCAGGGGUUUGGCCGUGCCCGAUGCUGCUCUGUUGGGGAACUUCUUUGGGUCCAUUGCUGUGGCGCAAUUGGGACCGCCCAAGCUUGACUUCAACUUGAUUCAGAUCGUUAAGGAUGAGAUGCACAAAAGGAAGCUGCAGGGUAUUCCCUUCUUAGAAAGAAGAGAUGAGUCUCCAGGGUUUCGGAAGCCACCUGAACAAGAUCAAUUCUAUGCAUCUCUUGUUACUGCCAAAGCCAUAAUUAUGUGCCAGAUUCAAGAAUCUGGACGGAAUCUACUAAGCUCUCCUAAAGUGUUGGAGCAAAACAACGCUAAGACGAUACUUUCACUGACUUCUGUGCACGAGGAACCAAUUCCAAGCGUUGAUGGUAAACCCUAAUAUGGGAUGGUUGAAGUUCCAAAACUCACUGUAAUUUUCCAGUUCACUUCCUUUUCAUAUCAAAUAGAGAUCUAUUAGCUUCCAGGAAUCUUUCAUUUUAUGGGGCCUUUUCUACACCAAGGGCGUACGGAUAGAUUUUUUAAUCCAAGGAUCAUACAAGGGGAAAAAAUAAUCCCAAAGUUUAUAGAAAGUAGUAAAAUAAUUAAUUUCAGAUA